GGACGUUACACAUGAUGAAGACUUGUACCUACAUACUUCGAACAAUAUAAUUGGUUGAGUUUCAGUUUGUAAGUGUAACCAAAAGAAUCAGAUUCAGAGCCUUUCACUGUUGUAUUCGAAUUAGCAGCACCAUCUCAAAAAUGGGCGGCUUUAAGCGCAAAGUGCACCCGCAGGUGAAGAAGUUCGCGGAACGAUCUGCGAACUCGAGCACCACCGCGGCGGCCGGCAAAAAUCCCUUCGACACGCUGCAGAACAAAUCCCGCAACCGGCAGGUGCUUGGCGAGAAGCGACGGGGGGAGUUGCGCGACGCGCAGAAGGUGAACCAAGUGCGGAAUCAGGAGCGUGCUUCGAAGCUGCUCGAUGAGUACCGACGGAAGAACAAGAAGAGCGUGAUCGACGAUAAACGGAUCGACCGGGAACACGACGACGAGUACGACGACAAAAGGCUGGUGAAGCUGUUAAAUGCGAAGGCGAAAAAGAGCAAAUUCCAGCUCGGCGAGGAGCAGGCGCUGACCCACGGCGGCCGGAGUCUCUCCGGCAUCGCCGAUGACGAGCUGGAGCGGGACCUGCCAGUCGGCCGCACCGAGAUCGAACGCAUGACCCGCGAGGAGGAAAUCGCGAUGGCAGAAGCCAAUUUCGGUGGUGGCGCUACCGGCGCGAACGCAAUCAAGAUUCCGGGGCAGGACCGACAAGAAGGAAGAAGCACUAGCGAAGGUGUUGACGAAAGAGCAAGAAACGCGACAAGUUCAUCAUCUCCCGAUCAGCCGAAGACCCGCGCGGAAAUAUUCGCGGAGAUUGUGGAGAAGAGCAAGAUCGCGAAGGCGCAAGAGAUGAAGGAGCAGCGGGAGCAGGAAAUGAAGCUCUCGGAAUUCGACGCGGCGUUUGGGGAUUUGUUGCCGAUGCUGCAGAUGUAUCAAAUGCAAAAAUGUCUGGGUCUGGAAAGUUGUGAUGCAGGUCACUGAAUAAUAAGGACGCUGUAAUGCGCCGCCAAGCAUGACAAGUUUUUUCAUGCUUCUGUGUUGCGUAUUCCGCAUGAGAAACUGCGUGUUUGCAUGACAGGCUAGAGGAGCCCUUGGUUGCCACGCAAUACAGAUCCCAGAGUCAUGCCAGACUAGCAUGAGAAAUCUCGCAAUCUCCCAGACCCAGACAUUUUUACAAUCCAUAAGAUGCGAGGGCCGGCGGAUAAGUACCUGAACCACACGCGCCCCGACGACUACGACCGGCAGAUGAAGCAGCUUUCGCAUGAGAAGGUGGCCAGAGCGCAGGAGCGACUGAAGACGGAGGAGGAGAUGAAGGUGGACCGGGCGAAGAAGCUACAGGAACUGGAACAGCAGCGGUUGCAGCGAGCUGUCGAGGAUAAAAGUCUGGUCGCGAAAAAGAAAAAAUCGAGGGGAAGUGGUGACAACGGGGACAAGGAAAAUCAAAAUAACGGCUCCGGAUUACAGUCGGGCGAAGAUGAUUCCGAAAAUGAUGAAGGCGAUGAUGACUCGUCUGACGAGGAAGGUCUGAUCCCGUUGGACGCGCAAACCGACAGCGAAAACGAGGACGACGCCGCUGCUGUCGAAGAUGGAGAUAGAACUACAAGGAAAACCACCUCAAACGCAAAUGAGGACGAUGACGAAGAACUUGUUGAAAACGAGAAUGAAGACGCGUCCGGCUCAGACGAGGAUUCUACCGACGAAAACUUCGACUUUCUUACUGAGCAGUUCAAGCAAGAGACUACUGGUGCGGAAGGUGAGUCCGAGUGGAUUACCGAGGGCGGAAAUAUUAACGCAAGCGAAGAAGACGAAGAACAUCUUCUGGCGAGUGACUUGGAGGAGCUUGAUGGUGCAGAACAGGAUUUUUCCAACACCGAUGCUGAAGAAGAGGACCGCCAGGCAUCAAAUGGCAACAAGAAGAACAAAAUCAGCAGCCUGUUCUACCCGCGCGCCCCCUCAAGCGUCGACCCGAUGGUAAACAACAACACGACGGAGAAAAACCUGCCGUUUCAGGUCUUGCAGGACCAAAUCAUUCCAUUGCUUCAGAAGUACAAGUCACAGCCGACAAUUGUCGUGAAGCUCGCCAAACGAGCUGUUUUGUCGUCCACCAAACAGCCGGACGAGGACUGGGCGGCGAGCGAGGUGAUUUUGUUUCUGCUGGACGCCAUCUGGCUCGACCUGACGGAGGCCGGGUCCUUUGCCCUGCUGUAUGCCCUGGAACCCUUUCUGAUCGAGCUGAUUUCCGGAUUAACAGCGACAAACAGUGUCUCGAACAUCCGUACGCAAAAGGUGGUGUACGGGUAUUUCUCCGAGAAAAUGGAAGAACUGGUCGGAAAAUUUGAGUUCCACGGGAAGACGGAACUCCGGGAUGCCUACAAGCAGGAUAAACGCCAGUUUUUCCAAUCUUUACAUUUUGCGAAAAUGCUCCUGCACUUUUUCCCCACGACCGACGUGCGCCACCCGCUUGUCUCCCCGAUGUUGCUGCACUUGGACCGCCUGGUAGCGGUGGUGAGAAAGUUGUUUGCAGGCGACCAAGAGACACUGCGAACAGCGUUGCUGUACUUGAGAAACGUUCUGUUUGAGUACUCAAACUUGGCGAACACGUCGGACGUGAGCCUGCAAGCGAGUGGCCUUCUGCCCUCAAAAUACAACUCCGAGGCACUGGGCAACACGUUUGGGGGAGCGAGCAAAAACGACAACGGAAGUUGUACCACGCCGGACCGAUAUCUGCCGGCCUUUUUCGCGGUGGAGCGGGAGCUGUGCAAACUCAACAAACAGACCGACGCGAACAAAGUCACCUCGCUUCAGGAUCUCGUUUCAACAGGAGAUGAAGAUGUUUAUCUUCAAGAUGGCACAACUACAACUUCUUCGAGAAAAAGCACCAAAACAGCUGUUCAUCUUCCAGACUGGGUGCGGCACGUCGGGGGGUACGAAGAAACCGCGGCCCACCGCCUCUUUCCGCUCCAGUACUUGAAACGCCCCGUGGUGCAGAUCCCGAUGCUCGAUCCGGUCUUCCACGACCCGCGGGACGGUGCGCUGCCGAAGGGGGACCCGAAUAGGACUCUGAACCGUAAGUUGAUAUGAAAUGCAAAAAUGUCUGGGACUGGAAACUUGUGAUGCGAAGUGGCGAUGAUUGAGUGUACUCCUGAGAGCAGCCAAGCAUGACAAAUUUUCAGGACGCUUCCUCAUGUGUAAUGCGCAUGAGAAGCAGCGUUUUUGCAUGACAAAGAGUUCGCGCUUUUGUCGGUCACGCAAUACAGGUUCUACAGGAGUGCAAGACAAGCAAUACAGAUUUCAAUUUUUCCAGACCCAGACAUAUUUGCAAUGCAUAGUUGAAGCAGGAGUACAACAAGGAGCGACGGAACGCGGCCAAGGAGCUGCGCAAGGACGCGGAAUUCCUGCGGCACGUGAAGGCCAAGGAGGACGAGCGGUUCGUGAAGAAGCAGGAGGUGCAGAAGAAGCGCGUCCGGGCCAUGAUGGGCGUCGAGGCGCAGGACAUUGCGCAGAUGCGAACCUCGCACGCCACCAGCAUGGACACCUCCUUGGGGUCCUACAAAAGAAGGAAAAAAGAGAAGAAGCAAAACGCGCGGCUGGCCGGAAACAAGACGAACAAGGAUGUGGGACGAGAUUAGUGGGGAAAAUAGGUGGUCGUCCCGGUUUGUCGACGUGUAGUUUUCUCAAUUGAACAUUGCAUUCGCACAAUUUUUCGAAACCGCAAGAAGAUCACUCAGAGAAUGUAU